UUGCUUCUGAUGCCAUAUUUUUAAUAGUUCAUAAUAGUUGGCUUUUUUCUGAUAAAUUAUGUGCAGAAGUUUCAGAGGCUAGCAUUGACGUGCCCAAAUAUUUCUAUUGCAGGUUACAGAACAAGAAAAGGCUCUAGCUGGGCUUCACUGGUUUUCUAACAUGAGUGAGCACUUAGAUCAGCAAUUGUUAUCUCUGGAGGAAAGUAAAGACACGGAGCAACAUCCUGGUAACAAUAGUCUUACUUGAUUAAAGAUUUGGGGCCAAACAGGUUCGCCAAGUUCAACAAAAACAAAAACGGUAUGAUAAACAUCGGAUUCUACUUGUCAACAGCCAAUAGUUUUUAACUGUUUUGCUCAGUAAAGGUUUUAUUCAGGUGUUCGAUUCCCUACUUUGUUCAAGCGGACCUUCUUGUACCUACAAUCAUCCAUCUAAGUCUUCAAAUUUUGCUCGUUAAAGUCCACAUCUACCUAAUUUGACACAGGGAUUAUCUUAUGCCCAUCUCCAUUAGACCGAUAAACUCAAAGAUCAUUUAAUAUAAAUGGACUUUUUCUCAAUUUCUCUUACUCAGACAGGUGCUUUUGUACUUUAACUUAUGUCAAAAAUCAUUAUACAAACACAACAAACUUUGAUUAGUCAUUCACUCAUGGAUAAUGAAACAAAUUACACUCAACAUUAACUAUCUGAAAACAAACCGAAAACAAACAAAGUAAGUGGCAUUCACAUUACAACCAUUUCUGUAUAGAAAUUGUAAUGGUUCAACUACCACCAGUAUGUACAUAUAAUGAUAACCAUAAGAAAAAGACUUGUUAGGAAAAAAAAAAUUGGUUUUCGUCUCUUGUGUCACAUGAGCAGUAUAAUUUGCAUAGGCCUGUUUAAAUUUGCAUCAUUUUUGGUUUUCUCUGUGUUCUCUGUCCGUAAUCUGUUUCACAUGUUGGGAAGUCCAGUUCUUAUAAAUCUUUGUGAAUAUAUUUCAAGCAACUAUACGUUUCUGCCCUCUCUCUAUAUAAUGGUUGUCUGUAUAAAUCUCACUUGCCCUGAUUACAAUCUCAAUUUUGAAAACACAGCAUAAGAAAAUGAAGAUAAGUUUACUAGUAUGGGCUCUCUUACUUUCUUCCUUAAGUAUUUUAUCGUUUAUGGCUUUAACUGACACAAUUGUGCUUGAUAUGGAUGGCGCGAAACUCCGGACAUCGUCAAAUUACUACGUUGUUCCUGUUAUUCGUGGGAAAGGUGGGGGUGGACUGGGAAUUGGGCUGCGAGACAAUACAUGUCCCUUCUUUGUUCUGCAGGAAAAUUUUGAAGUUUCUAAUGGAAUACCACUGAGAUUUUUUCAUGCUGAUAGGAAUCUGAAGGCAGUAAAUAUAUCAGUUGAUGUGAAUGUAGUGUUCUCAACAGCGACAACCUGUGUACAAUCGACUGCUUGGAGACUUGGAGAAAUUGAUGAUUUAACGGGCAAGAGGUACGUUAAAACCGGUGGGAUUGUUGGUAAUCCAGGUUUAGGGACAGUUAAUAACUGGUUUAAGAUAGAAAAACAUGGAGGUGGAGGAGACUAUAAACUUGUUUAUUGCCCCGGUGUUUGUAAGUUCUGUAAAGUUGUUUGUGGGGAUUUGGGCGUUCUUUAUGAGGAUGGUAGUAGAUGGUUAGGUUUAAGUGAUGCACCGCUAGCAAUGACGUUCAAAAAAGCAUAAAAUUGUUGUGUUACAUUUAGAAAGGCAUAAAAUUGUUGUGUUCUUUCCUUAUCAUUCACAUUUAAGUUUCAGAAA